AUGGGAUAGUCAAGCCUCGCCUUGGAGUUACUCUUCACAAAGUAGUUAUGGCUGGAGCCCUUUAUCUAUUAUUUUCCGGCAUGGAAGGUGUUCUUAGAGUCACAGGGGCCCAGAAUGAUCUUGCCUCCUUGGCUUUUAUUCCCCUGGCUUUCCUAGAUACUGCCCUGUGCUGGUGGAUAUUCAUCAGCUUAACUCAAACAAUGAAACUGCUAAAACUUCGAAGGAAUGUUGUGAAACUCUCUUUGUAUCGGCACUUCACCAACACACUCAUCUUGGCAGUAGCAGCAUCUAUUGUAUUUAUCAUCUGGACCACCAUGAAGUUCAGGCUAGUGGACUGUCAGUCGGACUGGCAGGAGCUAUGGGUGGAUGAUGCCAUCUGGCGUUUAUUGUUUUCAAUGAUCCUUUUUGUCAUCAUGAUUCUGUGGAGACCAUCUGCUAACAACCAAAGGUUUGCUUUCUCACCACUGUCUGAAGAGGAGGAGGAUGAUGAGCAGCAAGAGCCAAUGUUAAAGGAAAGCUUUGAGGGAAUGAAAAUGAGAAGUACAAAGCAAGAACCAAAUGGGAAUGUAAAAGCAAACAAAGCUCAGGAGGAUGACCUGAAGUGGGUAGAGGAGAAUGUUCCUUCGUCGGUGACAGAUGUUGCUCUUCCAGCUCUUCUGGAUUCAGAUGAGGAAAGAAUGAUUACACACUUUGAAAGGUCCAAAAUGGAAUGAAGGAGUAGCUUUUUGCUAUUGGAAGUGGAGAUGCCUCUGUUAAAGUUGCUUGGUGGAGCAAGUGCAUCCUGCUGACUUGUUUCUUGAUCUCAGCAUUGGAAGCUUGAUGCUUUAUUGUCAUGAGGGCGUCUUGCUGUGAAAGAAGUUCACAAGGACAUUAUAAACCUUUUGGAAAUUUGAAUUUACAAAGUUGCUGCAAGUUUGGAUUUUUAAGCAAUUUAAAUGUGUACUAUUCCAGCACCUUCUGUAACUUUUCAAAUAUUUAAUCUGUGAAACUAAAAUUCCUAAUGUCUGCUUGAGGA